UUUUCCUUUGACCUGCAGCGCGACAUGAGCUCAGAUCCACACCACCACCAUCCCCACUAACUCUCGGGAACCACAUCCUCAUCCAAUCGCAAUCCACCCUCCCUCCAACCAACCAACCCUCAAAAAACCUCAAAUACACCCUCCUCCCAACCAACCACCCACGCCAUAUCCCCCCCAAAACCAAUCCCCCAAAUUUCAUAGUAUACCAGAGAGCUCGCCAUGAGCCUCACAACCCGCAAACCCCCCCUCACCCACUCCGACCUAAUCUUCCCCUCCCAAUCCCUCUCCCUCUCCACAACCCUCACCUCCCUCAAACGCUCCGCCCUCUCCAUCCCCAACCGCCUCACCUCCAUAAUAUCCGACUCCCUCUUCGUGCAAUCCGUCUCCCGCAUCUACGCCCUCCCGCUCGUCGCCAACGAGCGCUGCGGGAGCUGGUACAUCCCGCCCUCCCUCAAAGCCGCAGGCGUCUACUUCAAGAGCACGGACGGCCACGCCAACGAAUGGAGCUUCAGCACGCGGCGCCUCAACUACCAACUCUUCGACGUCGUGGAGGAGAGCGGCGGGUGCGUUGUCGUGGAUUCCACGCGGAGGGGCAAGAGCAUGCCUGAUGCGUUGGCCAAGACGGUGCCGGUGUGGUGCUGCGUUAUGAAUCGCGCUAUCUACCCCGAGAGGAGGGGGACGGAGGCGGGGAGAUUGUUUACGUCGCCAAGGGCGGUGGGGGGGAGCGAGCAUGCGCAGAUUGAGGAGAGGGUUGAUGGGUUCGUGGAGAGGUUUCUCGAGAUUUGCAAGCCGGAUUUGGGGGCGUUGAGGGGGAAGUUGAAGGGGAGGUGGUUGAGGCCGAUUUGGGUGGUUCAGGGGGGGGAUUUGCCGGAUGAGAGGCCCGUUUUUGAGGAUUGCGUGCCUGUGGUGCUGUGUACGGCGUCGAGGAGGGUGAGGGGUGGGGAGGGGUCGGAGGGGGGUUAUGUUCAAGGUGCUGCGGAUGAUCAUGAGGCGUGGUCUUGUGGGCUUACGCCGACGGCGUUUUGGGAGAAUAAGGAGUUGUUGUUGGGGACGAAUGAGGAGGAUUUGCCGGAGGUGAUUAGGGGUCUUGUUGGGGGGUUGGGAGGUUCGAAGGCGGUGCCGGUGUUGGUUAAACCGACGACGAAUCUGUUUGUUUCGUCCAGCGAGAAUCUUGAUAUCGAUCCAUUUGAUGUCAUUAUCAGUUGCACUCCGGAGGCCCUCAGUACGACCAACCCGGAACACGUUAAGACGAAACAGUAUCUACAUCUUGCCUGCCAGACGCUGAAGCUAGGAUCCCGGGACCUUCGCAAUCAGUUACAGUCUCUGGAGGCGUUUAUGGCUUCAGUGCCAGAUCUCAACAGUCGGAAGAUAGUCAUAUGUUGUCCGACCGGCAAGGACCUUUCGAUAGGCGUUGCUCUCGCGAUAGUAUGUCUUUACGUCAACGACGAGGGCGUCUUUACCCCUGAAAAGAGAACGAAGGUCGACAAAACGUUCAUCAAGCAACGGUUAACGUGGAUCACGACCGCAGCACCAGGCAUGAAUCCAAGUCGAGAGACACUGAAAAGCGUCAAUAGCUUCCUCAUGCCAGACCCAUACAGCAACUCUCAAUCGCCGUCAUCAGCCUCACCACCGAAAACAAAGUCACUCCUCACACUCCUCCCUACCAACACAACCACAACCACCUGUCCGAUGGCCACAACCACCUCUACUCCCCCUACAACCACCACAAAAACCACCAACAAAACCCCCUCCCCAGGCUUAGACCCCCAAAUCCACAUCCCCGUAACCGACAUCCCAAUCUUCGACAUACCCUCCCCCAUCCUCCGCGCCCACCGCCGCUCCAUAGCUCCUCACCAACCCUCACCACCUCUCCCACCACAACCACAACCACAACCGCCCUCCCAACCCCUCGCCCCCCUCAUCCACCGCACCCUCCACAACAAAGGCGCCCCCUGGACCUUCACCCGCACCCUAACUUCCACCCUGCCCUCCCACCCCUCUGGCACCGUAUCCGGAACCGCGACAUUCACACCCCAACCCCCUAACAACCCAGCGUCAAAGACGUUGAUAUACAGCGAAGAAUGCACGUUCGUGACGAACCAAGGCGUGUCGUUUACUGCGAACAUGAAGUACGUGUACGUCCUCUCUCCUCCCCCUACUUCCCCCUCCACCGAAGAAGGGGAUGAAGAAGGGGGUGGGGGGAAGGAUGAGGGAGGGUGUGAAACGGUGAACGUGCACUUCCACACCCCCUCCGCUACAUCUGAGGAUGUGGUGGGUGAUUUGUUUGUGUCCAUGGGCGAGGUUACAGCAGACGCCAGGGAGGGAGGAGAGGGGGAGGAUGGGGUGUUGGUUGCCGAGAAUAGGGCGACGCAUCUCUGUGGGAGGGACUUGUACGCUGCGAGGUGGAAGUUUGGGAGGGGGUUCUUGAAUGGUGGGGAGAAGGAUGGGGAGGGGUGGUGGGAGGUUCGGUACGAUGUCAAGGGGCCGAAGAAGGAUUAUGUUAGUGUUACGAGGUAUGUUCGGGGAUGAGUUUACGGUGACGGGUUUAGAAUUAGAUUUAAAAAGCGUCAUUGGUUUGAAUUCGAUGGGCUGGCUGGCUGGCUUAAAGCCGCCGCCACUAUGGUGUCUGUCUAGAUAGAAGGUUUGGGUAUCAUGUCAUAUAUAUAUCUGGUACAAAAGGCGUAAAACAAGUGGGGGAAAAACGGGAAAAAGAUCCCAGCAGCAUAAACAGCGUAUAUCGUCUCAAAAAUCAGGCAUCUCGUC